GGGGGCUUCGUAAUAUGCGUGAGGCUAAAAGCCUCCCGACCGACAAUACCAGACACCCGACUCUAUACAACAGCUGAUUCAGUUGGCCAACGAACAUGAAAGUGGAAGCAACAAAUGUGCCUUAGCCUGUUGUACGACGAAACGAAUUAUCUGUGAGCAUGUGAAGAAGAAGCCUCCUUCUCCUCCACCACCACACGAGUGCAUCGAACUGGAUUAUCAUCAUCAUCAUCAAUGAACUACCCACCGUGAGCAGACGAUAGAUCAAGGAAUGCCACGCGCGUGAUUGACGUUGUUUUUUUUUGUUGUUGCAAUUUUAAUAAACAAUCUCUGAAGAAUCGAAGGAGAAGAUAAUAAUGAUGAUGAUGAUGAAAAGCGCGACGGCAUCCCCUGCCACGCUGAUCCUUCUGGCGGCGUUUGCCCUGGUCGCAACGUUACCAUCGGCUGAGGGCGUUCUGAAGUGCUUCAGAUGCACCGUGACUCCGCCCUCUGCGUUCUCGAACGAACCGGAACGCCUCUGCUCAAAAUUCGACUACUCGGAUAGGUACAUCGUCGAGUGUCCAUACUCGACGCUCUGCAUGAAGAAGCAUUUUACAGUGAAUCUAACAGUGCCCAUCAACGGCACGGUUCGCGAUUGCGCCAAGCAACGCUACGACUACCAAGACUUCGUCAACGGGAAAUGGCAAUUGGAAGUGGCGAUCGAGGAGCCCUACGAGGAAGGCUGCACGAAGGCCGACGAUAAAGGCUAUCGGUCGUCCUCGUCGACGUUCUGCUAUUGCCGAGGCGACCUCUGCAACUCCGCCCCCAAAACAGAGAACCACGCCUUCGUCGCUACUCUCACAAUCGCUGUGAUCUUUACAUUCAAAUAUCCUUUCAGGAUACUUUAAAUCCCUAUAAUUUUAUAUAUAUAUAUAUAUACUGUACUAUGAUAUAUUUGAUUUGAUUUUUAUUUUUAAACGAAUCACUCUUUCUUUCAAUUAUUUUAAUAUGUACUAUGACAAAUAUAUUAGGCAACCAAAUCUACUCUCUUUAAAA